AUGCAUCCAGAAAAGAAUUUGAAAACAUCAGAACAAACGAUCAAUUUGGAGAGAAGAGCAAAUAUGGGUGGAUGUGAUUCCUUAAAUUCCAGAAAUCUCACCACGGUUCAAGAAAUUCCCAUUUGUUCUAGUUCUGAUAAUACACUGUUGCAAAUUGAGUGCAACAAUCAAUCAAUAUUGAAUAAUAAUUUAUGCCAAUUAAAAUCUAAUUCUAUUUCCCAAGGCUCAAUAAAAUUGAUUGAAAGUUUAAAGGCAGAGAAAGAAAGCUUAAUGGAAGAGAAAGACGAGUUGAACAAGAAAUUAGAACAGUUACAAGGGAAAUAUGAGAAAUUGACUUUACUUCUAAGAGAUACAUCGGCUAAAUAUAGAGAAAAAAUCGAUCAAAUAACUACUGAAACAGGUAAAACUAUUGAUUCUUUAUUAGUCAAAGUCAAAAUAAUCAAAGAUAUCAAUGAAGAGUUAUUAAACAAGAAUAGCAAUAUGGAUACUUUUACAAUUGAUCCACCAAUACAAACAAAUGCUUUUGAUGAAUUAUUUCCUUUUUUAGUAGAGAAAACUCCCCCAUAUUAUGUUAAUGUGGUUUUUAAAAACUGCUACAUCUCUCUUUUGAGAUUAACUCAAAUGUCUAAAGUGUCUAAUGAAAUCCAUCAUGAAUUUUUAGAGUCAUUUUUAAGAAUGCUCGAAGAGAAAUCAUCUGGCUUGACUUCUGACAGGGUUUUCUACUUUUGUGCUAUGAUAAGGGAAUUCCACAACAAAACAAUUGUCAACCAUAACGAUAAUGAGUUUUUCAAUACCUUGUUGGCAGUUAUAUCCGCUAUUAUUAGUGAUUGUCAGAAAUAA